UAGAAAUAAUAACAAGAUUAAAAUAAAAAUACGAAUAACAAUAGGGAUAAUAACAGGAAACGAAAAUAAGAAGCGGAAAGUGUACGGACUCGAUCUUUGGGACCUCCUGUAAGACUGCGGUUUUUUUUUUGUGGUAGGCGUGCCUACCAAAUGCCGCUAUAAUAAUUAUUCAAUUUCUGCAGUGCACAACAGCGGCGGAACCCAAUUGUGCAUCUCGGACGGAUGGUUUCCCCCGAUGCGGCGGCCGGGAGGAGGACCUCCAUCGGAACAGCGCCCUUGACUGGGCCAUGCGGAGAAAUGGCGUGUAGGUACCUCCCUAUAUGCGGGGGGAAACCAGAGGCCUUGGAUAUAACUCGGAUUAAUCGCUGGGGCUUGUACGAAAUGCUGCUCCAGCUCGCAACUUGCCAUUAGGUACGGGAGGCAUUUCCAAGUAGGUAGGCACUCCGACGAAAAAAAAAACGAAAAAAAAAACAAGUCGCCAUGCUUCUCGACACCCUAGCCCGCGCCCUGCUCUCGCUGCCGCUGCUCGCCGGCACGGCACGGGGGCUGGCGUACAAGGGCGUGGACUGGUCGUCGGUCGAGGUGGAGGAGAAGGCCGGGAUCAAGUACCAGGCCGCCGAUGGCAGCACGCAGCCGCUGGAGCGCAUCCUGGCCGCCAGCGGCGUCAACAUGGUGCGGCAGCGCGUGUGGGUGAACCCGCGCGACGGCAACUACAACCUCGACUACAACGUCCGCCUGGCCCGGCGCGCGGCGGCGGCCGGCAUGCGGCUGUACGUCAACCUGCACCUGUCGGACACGUGGGCCGACCCGGCGCACCAGGCCAUCCCGGCGGGGUGGCCGUCCGACAUCGACGGCCUGUCGUGGCGGCUGUACAACUACACCAAGCAGGUGGGCGACGCGUUUGGGAGCGCCGGCAUCGCGCCGGCCAUCGUGUCCAUCGGGAACGAGAUCAGGGGCGGGCUGCUGUUCCCGACGGGCCAGUACACCAACUUUUACAACAUCGCCCGCCUGCUGCACUCGGCCUCGGCCGGCAUCCGCGACAGCAGGCUCGGCAGGGGGCCCAAGAUCAUGGUGCACCUGGACGACGGCUGGAACUGGGACACGCAAAAGUGGUUCUACGAGAGCUUGCUCAAGCAGGGGCCGUUUGUGUCGUCGGAUUAUGACAUUAUGGGCGUCAGCUACUACCCGUUCUACAACGCCGACGCCACGCUCGCGCGCCUCAAGACGUGCCUCACAAACAUGGCCAACACCUGGGGCAAGGAGAUCGUGGUGGCCGAGGUCAACUGGCCGACGUCGUGCCCGUCGCCGCGGUACCAGUUCCCGGCCGACGUGCGCUCCAUCCCCUUCUCGGCCGACGGCCAGGUCCAGUUCCUCCGGCGCGUGGCCCAGACGGUGGCGGGCGUCCGCAACGGCAACGGCAUCUUCUACUGGGAGCCGGCCUGGGUCAACAACGCUGGCCUGGGCUCGUCGUGCUCCUCCAACACCAUGUUCGCCUGGCCGGGGAAGGCGCUCUCGAGCUUGUCUGUGUUUCGCGAGCUAUGAGGAGAGGGGAUUGUGUCGGAUUGUGAAUGAUGUCGGGUUGUAUUGUUUGUUCUCAAAGUGUAGAUACUGUCUCGUCUUGUACAUGGAGGAAAUGAAAGUUCAUAUGGGGGUUUGACCGGGUAUCUAGCGGAGUUCCUGUUUACGGUGCUUCGAGAGCCCCUCGGGUGAGCAAGGCUCCGGGGUUGCCGCUUUGAGUCUUGCCAUGAGCCCCUGGAUCUGUUCCCAGGUGACGGCUUCGUCAGGCCGGGUCCACCCUUCAAGAUAUGGGAGGCGCUCUUGCUCUGUAGGGCAUAAUCCGACAAGUCAGUUCAUAUGUUCCGGAAACAAGCCUCAGUCCACUUUUUGGCAACGCCUCACUUACCAAACAGUACCUUGACAAAAUCCCUCCUCGCCGUGCCCCGAGUCCCACGGCCCAUGAACAG